AUGGAGCCAAAUCUCCCUUCGCCACUGUGCGCCACCACCCUAGCAUGGGCCACACUGGACCACUUCCACCUGCAGGCCGAGGCCCUGAUCAUGCCACUGAUGCACACCAUUACCCACCACCACGUACCAGGACGUCAUCCUGGGCAGCUGAAAGACCUAUGCAGUCUACCUGCUCGACACAGCCCUGCUCGACAGCUCUCUCAGCCUCCAGCUCAAGUGGAAGAGACCCCAGAGAGCAAGGCCCCACCGGUGCCCUUCCUGCACGCCCAGCACUAUGUGAGUGGCUACGGGCUGCAGAAGGGGCAGCUGAGCACCCUGCUGUACAACACCCACCCAUACCGCGCCUUCCCCGUGCUGCUGCUGGACACUGUGCCCUGGUACCUGCGGCUCUACGUGCACACGCUCACCAUCACAUCCAAGGGCAAGGAGAAGAAACCAAGUUACAUCCACUACCAGCCUGCCCAGGACUGCCUGCAGCCCCACCUCCUGGAGAUGCUCAUUCAGCUGCCCACCAGCUCAGUCACCACGAUCUCCAUCCAGUUUGAGUGA